CUCUCCCCCCACAGAGUGAACAUGGACUCUUCCAGACCCGAACUGCUGCUGGGACCUCUAUUUGACGCUCAGGACGAUCUAUUCCACCCGCAGGGGUUUCCAGGGGCGGACCCCAUCACCUUCCCUCUGUCCGAAGGUCACGGAUUUCCGGCCGACAAACUCUAUGAAGAAUGGCAGCUCAGCGCCAGGACGGGCCUGAACGAGCGGGAGGACACCGACGACUACCUGCAGAUGAUUAUCAACCCCAACGACGUCUACAGCACCGAGGCGGCCGCCAGCGAAUCGCCGGAGAGCGACAGCGGAUUCUCCGAUGACCCCCGGCCGGAAACCCCCAGGAGCUGCGAGAAGGGGGCGCCCCUGGCCCUGCCCGCCCCGGUGUACGAGCUGGUGUAUGACAUCGGCGCCAUGGAGGAGCGCAAAGUGGCCGGCGAGAUGAGCAGUGUCAUAUCCAUCCAGCUGGCAGAGGAUUGGUCAUCUCCCGUGCUGAUUCCGGAGAGCUGCAUCGUGAACGAGCUGGCGCCCCUGCACGCAGGACUCUGCAGGCCGCUGCCGAUGCGGGGGUCCUCGCCAGACUUGCUCUCCAUGGAUUCCCUAUACCCGGAGCUUCACCUGACCGACGAGGAGAAGAGGCUGCUGUCACAGGAAGGGGUGGCCCUGCCGAACAACCUGCCACUGACCAAGGCCGAGGAGCGGAUCCUGAAGAAGGUGCGGAGGAAGAUCAGGAACAAGCAGUCGGCGCAGGACAGCCGUAGACGCAAGAAGGAAUAUAUUGACGGUCUGGAGAGCCGGGUGGCCGCGUGUUCCGCGCAGAAUCAAGAACUGCACAAGAAGGUUCUGGAAUUGGAGAAGCACAAUAUAUCUCUGAUUACCCAGCUCCGCAAACUGCAGACCCUCAUCAAGCAGACGUCCAACAAAGCUACUAUGGCUCUGCUGAUCUACCCCAACUACCACCCGCUACGCUCCGGGGCCAGCGACAGGGCCACCUACACACCCACCGGAGUAAUAUCCAGGAACAUUCUGAACAAAGUGGGGUUCUCUGAGUUCACGGAGCCCCCCCUUCUAUCGGAGGGUCCGACACCCGAACUCCGCCUGGAAGAGAAACCCCGGGACGCUUCCGACGGCCCCCCGCGUCCCCCGGAGCAGGAUGAGCUGGAUAAAGAGGACAGAAACCUUGGGUUGGGACCGCAGAGGCCGGCCCCUGAGGAACCAGUCACCUUGGAAGCUCCUCCCCCAGGACUGAAAGACAUAUUACAGUUCCACCCGGGAGGCUCUGCCGGGAGGAACCCUUCGAAGACAGCCAGGUCCGACGAGAUCUGA